UUUUAAAACGGAUGAAAUAUAAGCUCUUCAGGUUUUAGUUAAAACUCAUAUCAAGCUCCAAUGUCAGCGAUCGCGGCGCCUUCAAUGUCUCCUCUGUUCAUCUUCAUCUUCAUCUUCUCCUUCAUAACCCUUUUCACUAUCUCGUCCUGUUCCCACGACGAUCUCGUCUCCGAUCUCAUCUCCCUCCAAUCCCAAUCAGAAUCCGGCGUAAUCCGUCUCAAUGACCGACUCCUUUCUCGAUUCAUCACCUCCUCCAAACCCCCCCGGGCUUUCUCCCUCCUUAUCUUCUUCGAUGCAAAUCAGCUCCGCGACAAGUCAGAACUCAAUCUCAAAGUCCUGAGAAACGAAUUCGCUCUCCUAGCUUCUUCCUUCAUUACUAACAAUAAAGAAAACCCAUCAUCUAGAUCCACGAUCUUCUUCUGCGAUAUAGAGUUUAAAGAAUCUCAAUCCAGUUUCCAACAGUUCGGAGUUAACUCUCUCCCUCACAUCCGCCUUGUACCUACAACCGCCGCCAGACUCAAGGACGACUCGAUUCAAAUGGGCGGCGUCGAUCCCUCCAGCGUUGCAGAAUCCAUGGCUCAAUUCGUUGAGUCCAGAACCAAUGCCAUAGUUGGACCGAUUCAUCGCCCACCAGUUCUUUCAAAAAAGCAAAUAGCUUUCUGCAUCGUUGCACUGUUAUUAUGUAUUCCUUUCGCUAUUAAAAAGGUAAUUGCUGGUGAAACCCUUCUCCACGACAGGAAAAUUUGGCUAGUAGGCGCGAUUUUUGUGUAUUUUGUCAGUGUUUCUGGGGGUAUGUACAAUAUCAUUCGAAAAAUGCCGAUGUUUAUGGCGGACAGAAACGACCCUUCGAAAUUGAUUUUCUUUUACCAGGGAUCCGACAUGCAACUUGGAGCAGAGGGAUUUACAGUUGGGUUUCUGUACACGAUCGUGGGUUUGUUGCUUGCGGUUGUGAUUCAUCUGCUAGUAAAAGUGAAGAAUGUAAACCUGCAACGUGGGGUGAUGUUCUUCGCCAUUAUUGUUUCUUUCUUGGCAGUGAAGAAGGUUAUUGAGUUGGAUGGUUGGAAGACAGGAUAUGCAAUUCACAUGUAUUGGCCUUCUGGUUGGUUGUGAGAUUAACCAUAGAGUAAGUUCUUUAUAUUUUGAUCUUCAAUUGAACCCAAAUGAUGAUAGAACUCUACUUGCUUUAUUGAUUAAUGAUAAUGGACUUACAUAUC